AGCGACGAAGUGAAUCGUUAGGAGUGACGACAUUUUUGUCAAUAAAUUAUUAAUUUUGCACUUUUGGUUGGAAUCCUUUGCUAAAAUAGUUGGAUAAAUUCGCCACGAAAAUGGCAGAUAAUGAACAAAAAGCAAUGCAACUGAUAGCGGAGGCAGAAAAGAAGCUAAGUACAUCCAAAUCUUUUCUUGGAUCCUUAUUCGGGGGCUCAUCGAAAGUUGAAGAAGCUGUAGAUUGCUACCUCAGAGCAGCAAAUUUGUUCAAGAUGGCUAAGAAGUGGGCUCAAGCUGGGCAGGCAUUCUGCAGUGCUGCCCAGCUUCACCUUAAAGCUGGUGUCCGCCAUGAUGCUGCAACAAACUUUGUAGAUGCUUCUAAUUGUUAUAAGAAAUGUGAUCCUAAUGAAGCGGUAUCUUGUCUUCUUAAAGCUAUUGAGAUAUACACUGAUAUGGGACGCUUUACUGUAGCUGCUAAACAACAUCAAAACAUAGCGGAACUUUACGAGAGCGAGUGUGUCGACCUUGGUCGUGCGAUGCAGCAUUACGAGCAAGCAGCUGACUACUUCCGUGGUGAGGAAUCCACAUCUUCAGCUAACAAGUGUAUGCUGAAAUUGGCCCAGUAUGCAGCUCAGCUGGAACACUAUGACAAGGCCAUACAGAUUUAUGAACAGAUUGCAAAAUCAUCCCUAGACAACAGCCUGUUGAAAUACAGCGCAAAGGAAUAUAUGUUCCGUGCUGCUCUGUGCCAUCUCUGUGUGGACAUAUUGAACGCUCAGCACGCCGUUGAGAAGUACUGUGGGCUUUACCCUGCCUUUGCCGAUACCCGGGAAUGCAAGUUAAUUAAGGAAUUGAUUGAACACCUGGAAGAGCAGAACAUGGACGCGUUCACCGAAGCUGUGAAAACAUACGACAGCAUAUCCCGACUCGACCAAUGGUACACUACUAUACUGGUUCGCAUCAAGAAACAGAUUAACGACAACCCUGACCUCCGUUGAAUAGUGAAACUGAACAGCCCCGGCGUUUAGUAGGUAGUUUAUUAAUAUAGUAUCACAAUUUAUUAGCCCUAUGUGAAAAUUAGAUACGCUUUUAUAUAUACAGUGGAUUUCAUUUACGACCUUGGUUGUAGCAACCAGUUAGCUAUUAAUUAUUUGAAUUUAAAGCUUACUUUAGAAGAAAUUUCAUAGAUAUUAUUAUAUAUAUAGUGGAAUCUCUAUAACUCGACUAUCUAGUAACGCAAAAAAUAGAGUUAACGAUUUUUCGACUUGACAAGAACUUUGACAUACAUGUGAUUUUACUGCUGAUAUUUCAAUCUACAGAGGCGCGAUUUUUAACUGUAAUUUUCAAUUGUAUGCAAUUAAUGUAUUCAUUCAUUCACGUGUGCGUAGAAGCCCCGAUUCUAACCUAUUGUUUUUGUCUUGCCCGAACCCGAUGUUGAUGAACCCAAACAUUAAUUUUGGAUUUUAUUCAGACGUCAUGAUAUUUUACUAACUACGACUUAGGGAGUCUUCUUUUUGAUUUUCACUUGAGUAUAAAUAUAUUUUAUCAAUACAUCGUAGUGAAAUAGCAUUUUUUCGAGUUAUAAAGUCUAAAUAAUGGAGAUAUCGCGUAAUUAGGGGUUCAGCGGUAUGGUAAUGGCUAUUUUUUCGACAUACUGAGGAUUUCGACUUUACUAGUUUCCAGUUAUAGAGUUCCCACUGUAUAUAUAUUCAUUGCGACUUCUGGUAUAGCAACUUUUUUUUCACAAGAUUUUUUUAAAUCAUUUGUAACAAACUAAAACCCGUGCAGAUAAUGCGGCUGCCUCACUCGGUCGCCAAAGACACAUUCUUACCUCUUACAAUCACACAGAAGCAAGCCUGUAUUUUGUUAUGUGAUAUUCUAAGUAGGAACUGUGUCUCUACUCAGAAUAUGACUCUUUAACUUUGCUUGUAACGACGUCCAGAUAUUAUAACCGAAAUCCACUGUAUUUUAAAAAUAUCUUCCCAUGGAAAUUUAUUUCAUCCAAGUACCUUUUUGGAAGGUUUUAAAUGACUCUGACUUAAUCAUUGGCUCUGUAACCCAAAAAGUGUCCUGGCCUCCGAAACGAGAAACUUCCAGCGCUUCCAGUCCUCCCGCCAAAUGGUGGCUUUCAGCUGCAUUAUUUAAUCUUAAAACAAUUGUAAACUUAAUAUGUUGACAACAAUUGACUUUUAUGUUGCGUCGGACUGCAUUUUGACAAUUUGCAAAUAGGUUGAAGUUUUUUAGUAAUGCGAUACAGCAUAAAUUAUGAUUACCAAUAUUUAUAUCUUCUUAAAGCGUCGGGGCUUUAAAAUAUUCAUGCCUAUCAUUGUAUUACUAGGCCGAUUAAUAACACAGCUGGUCAAAAACUUUGCCUGAAUGUGGAGUAGAUGUUGCCAUGGUUACCAUUUUAUUUAUCUCAAAAUCGUAGACAAAUACUACGGGUCCACGUUUCGUUAUACAGAGUAGCAUUUAAAUGUGACCUUAAAAUGUUGUUUAUUUGCUAGAAUUUACGUCAUUAAUAUUUCCUGUGUCCAAUGUUUUUGGCUAGCAAUGCUAUCUUAUAGACUAAACCAGUCUUUACACUGAUUGAAAUAUACCGAUUCGUCAAAGCGUUAACACAAUUUGACGGUAUAAAACUAUUUUCGCUAAAGUGAAAUUAAUGUCUAUGAAUAAUAAAAUCGGUGUAAUUAGACUGAUUUUGUAUGAGGUUAUUGUUCAAGUUGUGUUUUCAAUUUUUAGUAAAAUAUUUAUAGGAUUUAAGCCUAGCUUUUUCUAAAGAAAUCGUAUGGGAUGCACUGCGAACACUAAUUACACGAAAUAUAUGUAUUCCAUUAGGUAUAAAAGUGUACUAAAUUAUUGGCCCGGAUUUUAUUAUGGGGCCUAUUCUCAUUUGUGAUUACGUUGUUGUAAAUAUUAUAUUUUAUAAAAAUUCGUUAUUAAUAAACGUAUUUUUGUUUA